AUGGAGUUCCUGCGGCGACUCGACAUCGGGGAGGAGCGGGAGCAGGAGGCGGCGCGGUGGUGGCGCCGCCGGGAGGACGCGGCCACGACGUCGGGGGCGGCGGGGUGGUGGCGCCGGGAGGAUGUGGCCACGACGUCGGCGGCGGCGGCGAACCGCCGAGUCGUCCCGGCGUUCGGCGGGGUGGCGAUGACGCCUGGGAGGAUUUGGGCCGACGGCAACGCGCUCGUCGUCUACCUCGCCAACAACGAGCAGAUGGUGCUCCACACCCUGUUCCACGCCCCGUUAAACGAAGCCCACCUCGUCGCCGAAGUCAUCGUCGACCACGCCGCCGACAUCAUGGAGAGCAUCCAUGGCCAGCGCCUGCUCAGCUGCGUCCUCCACAACUGCUGCUGCGAGCUCCACGAAGCCAUCGUCGCCAAGAUCACGCAGCACAGGGACAGGUUCUACAGGAUCUGUGUCGAGAGUAAAAUUCUAAUGGUUAUAGAUAAUGAUCUAAUGACACUUUCGCUCAAUCGAUCGAUAUGUUCGUCGCAUUCAUGCAGGUCAGAUGGUGUGGUGACGAUGAUCAGAUCUUGCAGAAGCUUGAAAUCGUGUCAACUUGUGAGGAACGCCAUCGUGCCGUGGGUGGGGCGGCGGUCGAAGAUGCAGAGCCUCGUGACAGAUUCAGAUAAACUUAGGGUGAUACAGGCAUGCAUACAGUGUUUUCCAGCCGACAUUGCUAAGGUUUUAGUUGAUGCUGUUGUUGAGAAUUGUAUCGAGAUAGCUUGUCAUCUAAACGGGUUGCUAUUUCUGCAAAACUGUUUGGGGCAUAUAACAUUAGAAGAAAAGUACAAGAUUUUUACUCAAGUUUGUAUUAACAGUGUCUAUCUUGCUAAACAUCGCAGCGGAAAUUAUAUUGUGCAGGAUGUUUUGGAAUUUGGACACCCAUUCCACCUGGAAAUAAUAACAUCAUGCUUUAAAACACAUUACGUGGAUCUCGCAAGACAAAAAUAUAGUAGUCGUGUUGUGGAGAAGUGCCUUAAAGUAUUUGGUGACCUGGAGCAAUAUUUGAUUGUAUGUGAGUUGGUUUUAGAUCUUGACCACUUCAGAGAUUUGGUGACAGAUGAGGUUGCUAAUUAUGUAAUCUCAACCGCCCUUCUUGCAUGCACGGUUCCUGUUAGAGAUAUUUUGGCCAAUACCAUCAUUUCCCUUCAAGAUGUUAAUCGACAUCAUCCUCAUUGUUUAAAGAUAUUUGACAUACUAUCUAGGCUUGGUUACAUGCAGUGAAAACUUGCGGAAGGAUUUACAAGGAGUGGGUCCUAUUAAUUUGAACAACUACUAGAUUGAAGGCUUUUCUUUCCAUCGGGUUGACGCCAUUUUACAAUUAUCUAGUUUUGUUUCCUAGAGAUGUUUGUGAGUUAGGGCAAAUGUAUCUUUUGAAAUUAGAGAUGUUUGUGUUAGGACAAAUGUGUGCCUUUAAAAUUAGAAAAAAAUGUAAUUAAUGUGAACCGGUGUUGUGAUUUGUCUAUUAGAUGUGCCCUGGUGUUGUUAUGUUUUUUUGCCCAUUGUUUGUUGUUAGUUAUUAGAGAAAGAAUAACAUCAAUUCCAUUUGAUGGACACUAUUCCAUAAAUCAUUGGCUACUCCCAAAGUUUGUCUUUAUUCUUCCUCAAAGAGUGAAGAGUGUGGUACCUUCUUCUCUGCAUGGUCUAUUGGUCAAUCAAUUAAUUCAUAGCUUGUGUUUUUUUUUUUCCGUAAACUUCAUGUUGCAGUAGUUUGUAUGUACUCUUUCUUAAUUAGAAAUUUAUUAGUUCAACCUUUCUUAGUGGAGCUAUUUAUUUAAAACA